CACAAAGACACGCCACUCUGUGCUACGAUUGUUAGGAAAGGAGACAGGCCGACCGCGUUUAACACCAUUUUUCAAGGUAAAGGCUGAAGUUUUUGUUGUUCGUGACAAUCGUUUACAAGCGUUCAAAAAGUAAUCCCACGUAAGACACUUUGCCAUUUUUCUCGAAAUAUAUUCAGACAUUUCACAACUUAGGAAAUUUUCGUGACGGACAAGAUGGCGGAUUUGGCGGAGGAAGGGUUCAAUUAUAUCUGCGUUAGUGGCGGUUUUGUGGAGUUAUCUGUUCUUUUAAAGGAUUCCUCGCCCUUACGAAGUAGAACAUCAAAGGCACAAGCGAAAAACUGGAUGAUGAGUAAAGCUGGUCCGCGAUUAGUCGUCGUGAAAGAUUUCAAUGGUGAGAUAAGCUGCUGGUGUGCGAAUUGAUUUAAGGAGAAAAAUAUGUCGACAAUAUCACGAGAAAGGUUCUUGUCAAAGUGCUCAGGGGAAGUGUAAGUUCUUUCUGGCAUAUUUGUAAAGGAUUUAUCGAAGAAAACUGUCAUGGUAUCAACCGCCUGCACAAUUUUUAGACUCGGAAAACAACGAGAAGGUUAAUGCGUUCGUUUUGACCAAUCUAAAUCCGAAAUUUGAUUUUUUGUGCCAUUAAGGACUAAACCAAUCUAAGAUUGCAAUCUGAACGGCCCCCCUUCGCACUUGGAUCGUUGAAAUUGGUAUCUCUGUUUGGUUUCAGAUCUUUGUUCCACUUAUUAUAUGAAACUGCUUUAUCUCAAAAACGUGCUCGUUCAAUCAUCAGUAAACACGGCGGGUCAAAAGUUCAGGCAAACGACAUUUUUGACUCCGGCCUUCGUUGUUCGAUUCUAUGCCGCUAGAGGAUUGUAGUAUAUUAAACGAAGUUCCACUGUCACUCUAAAUCCGUUAGGAAGUGAAAACGCUUAGAGAUUCUCAUCGUAAAACUAUACUGUCUAAUGUCUGUGUGUAUCACCGCGGCUUCUCAGCGCUUGAGUUCGUAGUUGUCUUCUGAAUUUCUUGAAUCAAAUUCCAGACAAUUUUUCAGUUGUCGAGUCCCAGUAUGAACCACCACUAGUUAAAGAGCUAAUUUUAAUCAGUAAAAGAUUCCGGCAAUUCUAUGUUUUUACAAAAAGGUCAACUCUGCUAGUUAAAAACAGCAGAAAAACUAAGUUUCUGCAUUCAUUUUCCGUAGAAUAAAAUGCAAAAUUAUAUUGUUACCUUUUUCGUCUAUGCUUGUCGUUUAGGUUAAAAGUUAAGAACAGGUACCUUUUUUUGAAAAAGAAGUCAGGUAUUUUCACCUUUCGAGUGAAUGAUAUUUUCACUUCAAUAUUGUCCGCUCUUCAUCCAUUUCUCACUCUACCAAACGAUGUUUAAAGCCUUCUUCUCAUUAUUAUUAUUGUUGUUGUUGUAAAGUUUCGCACAGGUUACCAACCUCAUAAGUCAUGGAUUUGAGCGUGAACGAAAACUGUGUGUUUCCAGUUCUUGCAGCUCUGUUCAAGACUCGCGUAAACUUUUGCCUUCCAACAAGGCUGUUUUCGAUUGCAUUGUGAAAGAAUACAGUGGCACGGUGUCCUUUGAUGUCAUUUCAAAACGAAAAGAUUUGUUUCCUAGCGGUUGUGAGGACGUUGCUAAGUGGUUUGGAGCCAGAAAAGAAAGCUUUUUUAUCAGAGAAAGGGAAGGAAUUAUUGCCGAGGUCAGUGCCUUAUGUCGAAAGGCAAGGAUUUGUUUCAAGGAGAAGUGCUUUCAGAAGGAUUGUCAGUUCUUUCACGUGUGUAGGGAGUACAUCGCUGGCUUCUGUAGGCGUGGUGCUGGGUGCCAAAGAAAUCACUGCUUUCAGUACGAUCGGAAUCGAAAGUUAAUUUCCAAACUCAAGUUGGAUGGUUUGACAGAGGAACAACUCCGCAAUUUGUUUCAGCUUUCAUCGCCUCAAGUAUGUCUGGACUAUAACAAUGGACGUUGCACGAACGGUUUGUCGUGCGGCCAAGUUCACAUUUGCAAGGAUUUUAUAAAGAAGAGGUGCCACGAUGAGGAAGACUGUGGUCUCCGACACGAAAGCGCGUUUGCCGAAGCUCACACCACUGCAGUACUUCAGAACUAUGGCAUGAGAGUCAUAGGAGGCAAAUUUAAUUCAGUGCUUCGCACGCUUUUGGUAUGCGAGAAGAAAAUUUCCAGGGGUAUGAAGGACCCCAAGGGCAAUAUCCCUCCUAAGGGCGUGGCCACUAAAGUGAGCAAGAAAGAUCAGCACAUAUCAUCGAAAGUAGCCGUGGCUGCAAGUGCCACUGCUAAGCCGGCUGAAAUUAAAGUCUUCGAACGUCUUUGCAAAGAGUACGAUUGCUCUGCUUCUUUUUCUGUGAUUUCCAAACGAACAGAUUUGUUCCCUCCUGAAUUAAAGGAUAUAGAAUCGUGGUUUCGUAGCAAGAAAAGAAGUUUCCUCAUUACAGAAGGCGAUCACGGAAAGAUAACCCAAGUGGACGCUUUCUGUACAAAAGCACGUUUAUGUCUUAGUUACAAUAACUCUUAUUAUGGGGAGUGCAAUAGAGGGAACUGUUCCUACUUGCACGUCUGUAGAGAG